CUACCCGCUCAUGGAUGCCAGGAAGAACAAGAGGUCCCAGGAGGUCUCUCGCCGGCUCUACAGCCAACGCGCUGGGGCCAUCGGGCCCGAGCCCUGACCCGACGGCCGAAGCGGGGUGUCUGUACCGGUUUAUUCUCUCCCCUCACAGCACUCACCGCCCCGGGGGCAGACCCGGGCCGUCCUCCCCCCGCAGCGUUACCCGAGACCCCCGCCUCCCCUCAGGGCCGAGGCAGCACCGCCCCGCGGCGGCCCGGCCCCGCGCCCGCCAAAGCCGGCGGCUCCGGCUCGGGGCGGGCUGCAGGCCGCCGGCCUAGGGGACGGUAGCGAGCCGCCCGCCCCGCCUCGCCCGGCAGCCAUGGCCGCCGCCGAGCUGUGGCGGCUGAGGCGGCCCCUGGCCGCCGCCUUCAGCAGGGCCGCGGCGGCGGGAAGCGGGCGGCCGCCCCCCCCGCCGGAGAAGCUGACGGUCCGGCGGCAGGCGGAGGGCGUCCGAAACAUUAUCUUGAACGACCCGAGGAAGAGAAACGCCCUGUCCCUCUCCAUGCUGCAGUCCCUCAGGGAGGACCUGCUGCACGACGUCAAAAGCAAAGACCUCCGAGUGAUCAUCAUUUCAGCUGAAGGACCUGUGUUUUGUUCUGGCCAUGAUUUAAAGGAACUGUCAAGUGAAGACGACGUGAAGCAUCAUUCCCGAGUAUUUGAAAUAUGUGCAGAGGUUAUGACUUUAAUCCAGAAACUUCCAGUACCAGUGAUUGCCAAAGUAAAUGGCUUGGCUACAGCAGCAGGCUGUCAGCUUGUGGCAAGCUGUGACAUCGCAGUGGCAAGUGAGAAAUCUCAAUUUGCUACUCCUGGAGUAAACAUUGGUCUGUUUUGCUCCACACCAGCUGUGGCCUUGGGCAGAUCUCUUCCAAGAAAGGUGGCAUUAGAGAUGCUUUUCACGGGUGAACCUCUUUCUGCCCAAGAAGCAUUAAUGCACGGGCUUGUCAGCAAGGUGGUACCAGAAGACAAGCUGGAAGAAGAGACCAUGAAAAUCUCUCACAAGAUAUGCGAAAGCAGCAAAUCUGUCCUGGCAUUGGGGAAAGCCACCUUUUACAGACAGAUGACGCAGGACCUCGAUGCUGCUUACAAAAUGACUACUCAGGUCAUGGUAGACAAUUUGACUUUGAGAGAUGGGCAGGAAGGUAUUGAAGCCUUUAUUCAGAAACGUAAGCCUGUCUGGUCACACUCUCAGGAUGAGAAGAAAUGAAUCUUGUUCCUAAGAUAACCUUAGCUGUGCUUUAUGAUUCUUCACACAGUUGCCUUUGGGAACUGUAUUUCUGUUCUUACUGAAAGUUAAAUUUUUCUUCUUAUAUAUGCCAAAGACACAAUAAAUUUAUUCUAAGUAUAUAAUAAAUGUUAAGAAAAAUCAAA